UGUAUUUUUGCAACAGGUAUAAAAUGGCUUCUUCCGGUCCGCACCUUGUUAACUUGUACUGGCAUUUUGGGAAAGAAAUGUUAAGCGAUUUUGUUUCGUUUAAAGAUCGUCCGAGUGGUUCAUUUAUUAUUUCGGGGAGAAUAUCAUAUGAACAGUUGGUACAGAUGAUUAAUGCAAAAUGUCAGUUUGAAGAAGGUUGGACAAUUCAGGAGAUUACUAUGAUGAUUAGCCAACCUGAUGGUUCAUGGAAUCCCGCAAUACUCAAUAACGAUAGUUUUGAAUGGAUUUAUUACUUUCCUAGUAUGUCCAUGGUGUAUUUGCAUUUAUCGUUGCAGGCAAAUACACCCGUUACACAGUUUGAGGAUCUUACUCCUUGUUAUGGGGGAGUGUUUGAUGUCGAGGGUACAUCGACUUCUCAUGUACAUAAUUUUGGAGAAGGGACAUCGAGAGAAUGGGCGGCUGAUGAGGACGAUGAAGAUUUUAUUCCCGGUGAAGAUGAUUUCACAGACGAGACCUCAGAAACCGAAUCAGAUAGAUCGGUAAAUGAGGAGAGUGAACCUGAGUUCAUCGAAGAAGAACACCCAUUUCCUAGCGGUGGUCGGCACAUAUACCGCGAGAUGGGUGAAUGUGACCCGUCCAGGAUAGAUGCGAACGAGUAUGCUAUUCCACUCUGGAAUGGCGACAUUGAGACCAUACGUUUGAAUACAGUAUUCCGGAGCAAGGAAGAAGCUCAAACGGGUAUAAUGGCUUGGAACGUCGAUAGGUUGCGGGAGAUUCGGACAAAAGAUUCAAAUAAGAAGACAUUCAAAGUGGUCUACAACUCGAAUGCUGAUGUGCCUUGUCUGUGGAAGGCUCGGGUGAAUAAGGCCAGACGGCGUGAUGAUUUGUGGGAAGUAACUGAAUGGACUGACCAACACACUUGCAUGCAACAGGUCGGCAGAAAUGACCACAGAAACGUGACCGCCCAUAUGAUUGCGAAUCUUAUAAUUAAUAAGAUUCAGAGGAAAGUGGAGUACAAAAUUAACAUGGUCCAGGCUGAUGUGAAGCAAUGUUGGAAAGUCGACGUCAGUUACAAGAAGGCAUGGCACGGCAGGAAAAAAGCAAUCGAGUGUGUAUACGAAAGCACGGACAGUUGGUCAUUUUUCCUCAGGAAUCUGCGGCGAUAUGUUGUAGGCGGCUCUACACAGAUAUGCAUUCUUUCUGACAGGGAUGUGGGGCUACGCAGUGCGAUUGAAUCAUUACCAGAUUGGCAAGAACCCGCUGCGUAUCACCGGAUUUGUCUUCGACACCUUCGAAGCAAUGUGGUGACUAGGUUCAGGAGUAAGAAAAUCCGGGAUUGGUGUUGGGAGUUGGGUUCGCAGUUGUCGAAGCGAAAGUUUCGACAGACAAAAGAGCGACUUCGUGAAUUUAAUCUCGAUGCAUACAAUUACCUUUUCAACAUUCCUUUGGACCGGUGGACCCUGUAUGGAGAUGAAAAAUGUAGAUGGGGCACCUUGACAACGAACAUGUCAGAGAGUUACAACAACGUCCUGAAAGGGGUUAGGUUCCUGCCGUGCAGAGCUUUGGUAGACACUACAUUUCACAAAACUCUGGAUUUGUUUCGACAAGAACAAAACAAGUCCAGCAGAUGCAGGACUCCCAUUGCUAGGGAGCACUAUGCCGCAUUUUUGCAGCUGGAGCAAACAGCCGCAACUCACGAUGUGGAAUGUACAGAAUACAACAGAUCCAUGUACGCGGUGACAACCGGUCUAU